AGGCUGCGGAGGAGGCCGGGGCGCAGAAGAGGCGGGAUCGACUCGCUCGGCGGUCUCCGCCCCGGUCCCGCCCCCCGCCCACGCCACCGCCGAGCGCCGAUCGGCUCGAUGAGCGGGGGUGCUGCGGCCGAGGCGGUCGGCGCCGCGGCCUCCCCUCCCGCCUGGCUCUUCGCCCCGCUCGGCUUCCCUCUCCCCGCCCGGCGCCGCGGAGCUCCCCGGCUCGCAGGUGGUGAAUAUUUUAUUCAGCUGGGAAAUAGAAGAGUACUCUGAGUAAAAAUAUGCCUCCCAAGUUCAAGCGACACCUCAAUGAUGAUGAUGUCACUGGUUCUGUGAAAAGUGAAAGGAGAAAUCUUUUGGAAGAUGAUUCAGAUGAAGAAGAGGACUUUUUUCUAAGGGGGCCAUCUGGACCAAGAUUUGGACCUAAAAAUGAUAAAAUUAAGCAUGUUCAGAAUCAAGUGGAUGAAGUUAUUGAUGUCAUGCAAGAAAAUAUUACAAAGGUAAUUGAAAGAGGGGAGAGACUAGAUGAACUACAGGACAAAUCAGAAAGCUUAUCGGAUAAUGCAACUGCUUUUAGCAACAGAGCCAAACAACUUCGAAGGCAAAUGUGGUGGCGUGGAUGCAAAAUAAAAGCCAUCAUGGCUUUGGUUGCUGCCAUCCUUUUGCUAGUGAUUAUCAUUCUUAUAGUUGUGAAGUACCAUACUUGAUUUGAUGACAGAGAUCUUCAUUAAACAAGAACUGGGACAAUAAUAAUUAAAAGAUUGCUGUAUAAUUUAAAUGGAAUAUAUGUAUAUAACUUUCAAAACUUCUUUUCCAAGAAACUAAGAGUCAAGUAUCACUUCAAAUUGGAACAUUGAGAAUGUUCAGUUAACUGCUUCCUUUCUAACAAAAUGUGCUUAUGAUAAUUAUGUUUAACACAAAGAUAACUUUACGUUGCUAUAUUCCAAGGUCUAAUUUGAAACUAGAUACUUGCCAGUUUAUUAUUUGCGUAUAUAGUUAAAUACUGAUGGCAGUGUUUCAUACCAGUGUUUUAGUGGCACAAGGACUUGUAUUAUUGCAUGGAGAUGGGGUCAGGAAGCCUGUGUAGCAUACCAGACUGUUAAGCUAAGAGUUGCACAACCACAACAUUUGCAAGAAUAUAAUUCUUUUCAUUUUACGGUUGCUUUGAAGCAGUUUCCACAUGUUUAUGGGUGUAACAAAAGCUAAAUGUUGUCARUGUUUCUGCCUUCAGCUAUAACUAAGAACAUUCCAGUAAACCCACUUCUAAUUGUACAAGGGAAUGGAUUAUAGAAAUGGGAAAUUCAAACAGAAAAAAGGCCUAGUAUGGCACCAUAAUCUGGAGACAGUAAAAUUAUUGGAGAAUAUUGUUGACAUGUUUGAAAGUGACCAGUACUCAUAGCUACCAGUUGUGGUCUAGUCAGUUGUCAAUUAACUCCAAUAAGAAGGGACCAGUCCUAGUGUGUGUGAAUAAAAUCCACAGGUAACUUUUUCCUUAAUUUUACUUUGGUUAGUAGUUUUUCUCUUUGACUUCAACCUUUUUGCCUGAAAUGCUAAGGUGGGCCCAGUCAGCUGUUCGGAUUUCCUGUCUGUGUUCUGAUCCUCCUCCCAGGAGCAGAUGUUGCACAGUCUAGUCAGAAGAGCCAGCAGGAGUGAGUAGUAAAACUUGGGGGCACAGGCCCUUCUGUAGACGACCAGUCAGCAGCCUAACGCUACGGGGUCACCGUUAAUCUCAGCCCAUUUUUAUAAAGUACAUUAAUUUAAAAAUGCACCAACCUCCUUGUACGGUUCAAACAAGUGAAGAUGCAGAAUAAGCAUGUGAGGAGGAAGCAUUGUGAUAAAACCAGAUUCUUCAGGAACUUGAGCACAUGGACAUCCUAGGUUGGAGGGGGCAGAAAUAGGCUCCUGGAAUUCACCGACAUUUAAGAGAGUUAAUGAACAAUCCAGUUUAACAGAUUUCAUUUCUUUGAUCAUUUUAAUUUAAAAUGUCCAAAACAUAGAAUUUGAAUGUGUUUGCUUGAUUAAUUCUACAUUAUUAGUACCAAGAGGCAAAAUGUUCUAUUUAGAAUAGAAAGAAAUUUGGAGAAAGUGGGUCAAAAAAUACUUAGGACACUUAAAUUAUAAAGAUCUAAAGAGCUAAAUUUUAUAAUGUGCUUGAAGCAUUGGAAGAGAUCCAGGCCUUACAUGCUGAGGGUGAAGUUUCUGGUGUCUGUCUCCUUCUCUAGGUGUCAGUUAUACAAAUAGCAUCUGAACUGCUAGUAAAUCCUGUGACAAAGGAGGGUAUGCAAAAAAAAAAAAAAAUGA